AUGGCUCCCAACAGACUGAUCGAAGACUUGUCUGCUCGCCACAAUCUACCUGCCAUGGCCAGUGACGCAGAACCUCCUGACACGCUGGACAUUACGAUGGGCGAGUUGGAUGAGGAGGAUAAUCUCCUUGCCUCUCCACUCUGCUUCUCAGACACCCAUCGCGCCCCACCGCACUACCCCGUCCCUGGCAGCUCCAUUUGCGCCAUCCAACUCGCCACAUGA